CAAUUCCGACAUGCCAAACCCCUACCUUCCUUCUCAGCUGUAACCCUCCUCUUCUCUUCAAAGCCUCUGUACCUUUAUAUAUCUCCUUCUUUUCCCAUAAAAGAAACGCAGUGCAGUUCAUCUCCCCAGCUUCGCUGCAUACUGACCACCCCCCCCCUCCCGCUCCCCCUCUUUAGGUGCAGCAAAUCCAGUGACCAUGAGAUCACGCAGCACUCCGAUCCAACUCCUCAAGCUUACCGUCUUCGUCCUGUUGGCCAUAACCAUCACCCUCGCUUCCCUUCUCCCCUCCAAACAGAGAUUGCUUCUCUUCCUUUCCCGCCACAAGCUGCUCCUCUUCUCCCUCCUGUGGUGCAAGUUGGUAGCGCUCCUUGCCUACGCUCGUGCUCGCCCGCUCCCUGUCUACCUUCUGGACUUCAGCUGCCACAAGCCUGGGCCGGAGAGCCGUGGCAGCUAUGAGAUCUGCGAGUACUUCGGCCGCCGCAGCUGCCAACACUCCGCCGAGAGCGAGGCAUUCAUGCGUGCCAUCUACCGCAAGUCCGGCCUAGGGGAUGAGACCUACGCGCCGCCCUUCAUCUUCCAGACCGACUACAAGGCUAAGUUCCAGUACGCCAUCCUGGAAGCGGAGGACGGCAUGUUCUCCUGCGUGGCGCAUCUGCUGGCCAAGACCGACGUCGAUCCCUCCCGUAUCACCGUCCUCAUCGCCGCAUGCAGCAUGUUCUCCCCCUCCCCUUCUUUCACAUCCAUGCUCGUCCAGCGCUUCCAGCUCUCGCCCUCCGUCAAAACCUUCAACUUCUCCGGCAUGGGCUGCAGCGCCGGUACCAUGUCCCUGGACCUCGCCGCUACAAUACUUCGUCGACAAGUGGGCUACGCUCUCAUCGUCGUCACCGAGAGCACCAGCCUCAACUGGUACUUCGGGGACAACCGCCACAUGCUCGUCACCAACUGCAUCUUCCGCGCGGGCACUGCGGCCGCAUUGGUCACCAGCGACCCAGCGCAGCGGGAGAGAGCGAAGAUGGAGGUAAUGCGAACUCUCCGCACCCACCACGGCGCCGACGACGCAGCCUACAACGCGGCCAUCCAGAUGGAGGACGAGGACGGCCACGUCGGUGUCGCGCUCACCAAGGACCUAGUUCGGGUGGCCGGCGUCGGCCUGAGGAACCACAUCUCGAGGCUGGCACCCAGAGUGCUUCCGGUCUCGGAGCUCCUCCGCUACGUCUACAACGUCGCGAGGUCGUUCCUGGCGGGCGACCGGAAGGCGGUGCACGUGCCGGACUUCACCACGGCGUUCGAGCACAUGUGCAUCCAUGCCGGGGGGAAGGCGGUGAUCGACGCGGUGGGGCGGUUGAUGAAGUUUGAGGAGGAGGUGGUGGAGCCGGCGCGGAUGUGCUUGCACCGGUUCGGGAACACCUCCAGCAGCUUGGUGUUCUACGAGCUGGCCUACUUCGAGGCCAAAGGGAGGAUAAAGAGCGGCGACAGGGUGUGGAUGCUGGCGUUCGGGACGGGGUUCAAGGCGUGCAGCGUGGUGUGGAGGGCGCUGCGGGAUUCCAGAAUCGACCCCGACAACCCAUGGAAGGACUGCAUCCACAGGUAUCCUGUCUCCAUCUGAGGCGAUGGGCAUCUGAAUGGGAAAUAAAAGCAUCAAUAAAAGACAGAUCUUGUAUGUUUGUUGAUUCCAAGGAUUAAGGUCAGGCGGAUUACGAUCGGGCAUAGAUAGAUAGAUAGAUAGAUGCAUGUGAUAUUAGAUUUUUGUUGGUCUACCUGUAGAACGAACGAACG